AUGUCUGACCUAGAUGGGAUGACAUCCGACGGAGGAUAUGAUACUCCCGUUCCUGAGUUGGACGAUCACCGGCAGGAAUUAACCUCGUCUCAUCGGGCUGAGCGACCGCGUCGCGGGACGUUUGACUCCCUUUAUGGAUCUCGACAGGCUGAUACCGAUAUGGGGGCUCGAACUCCGGAUAUCAGGGUACGCGACUUCGAGGAGGCAAUCAUCGAUGAGGAUGCUCCUGAGAUACCACAAUCCUCUCGCCAUGGCCGUCGAUUUACUGUGGAAACACCAGUUGAUGGUAGAGAGGCCUCUCCUCCCAACUCUGUUAAAGCAUUCGCUCAAGCUCGGCGACGGGAAAGAGAUAUGUCAUUCUCAGAGCCGAAAUGCGAAUACGAGGAUGCACACGGGCGGUCAAUGUCCACGUCUAGUAGACGCAGCCACAGAAGUACUGCCCGGACUGCUGACAAGGAUGCCAGAAGCCUUUUGACGAAUAAAGCUGCGGAAGAUGACGUCUGCUUUCCCGUACAGGAUGGCAAUCGAAAUCACGAACUCAGGAUCGACUUUGAUUAUCUGGAGAAUUUUGUCAAUGCUGAACGUGCUGCCCAUCUAGAGGGCCGUCGCUUCCCCGCUCCAGAAUUUGACGACCUGCGGGUGGAAUCAAACAAUCAGCAAACUCAACUGGCUACAGUUGAUGGCGAUAUCUUGGAUGUGCCAUCGGACGACUCCUUUCAAGAAAAAAAGUCGAGGGAAGUUCCUAGCAAGAUCCCUGUUCAUCCAUUCGACAGUAACAGGUUCAGCUUUUUCUCAUCUGCUUGGGAAUCAACCAUUCAUGCUGCUGAGAUGGGGGACCUUGUGCUUCCUGGGGAGGACAUUCGCGGCCUCUUUGAAUUGCCGAAGAACGAUGCGAACGGCGUGUGGUGGCUCAACGUCAACAGAGCCUCGAAAGAGGAAGUUCAGGGCAUCUGCAGGGCCUUCGGUGUGCAUCCGCUGACCAUUGAGGACAUUAUCACGCAAGAGGCCCGAGAGAAGAUUGAACUCUUCCCCUCGUAUUACUUUGCCUGUUUCCGCUCGUUCAAUGUUGUCGAAGAACCAGAUGGCAUUGAGUAUGAGCCCUUCAAUAUUUACGUUUUGGUGUUUCGGGAAGGGACUCUCAGCUUCAGUUUCGCCCCGAACUCCCAUGCUUCCCAAGUUCGCAAGAGGAUUACAGCUCUGAAAGAGUAUGUGUCGCUCAGCAGCGAUUGGAUAUGUUACGCUUUGAUCGAUAAUAUUGUGGACUGCUUUGCGCCGGCCAUCCGCACCAUAGAGCUUGAGGCAGAUGCUAUCGAAGAUGAAGUGUUCGUCAUGCGACAAGAUGACUCGAGCUCGUUUCUACGUUCUAUUGGACGAGUUCGCAAAAACUGCAUGGCUUUAUUACGUCUUUUAGGCGGCAAGGCUGACGUCUUGCGAGGAUUUACCAAGCGAUGCAACGAAAAUUAUCAAGUUACUCCUCACAUGGACAUUGGCAUGUACUUGGGUGACAUACAAGAUCACGUCGUCACCAUGGCGACCAAUCUUGGGCACUUUGAAAAAAUGCUUUCACGAGCUCACAGCAAUUAUUUGGCGACUCUGUCAAUCAACAACAUAUCGCAAGGUACGGAUACGAAUCGUGUCUUGAGCAAGAUUACGUUUCUUGCAUCAGUCUUGGUACCGCUCAAUCUCAUUAGCGGUGUCUUUGGAAUGAACGUAACUGUUCCUUUUCAAGGCACGGGUAGCCUAGCGGCGUUCUUUGGUAUCAUUGCAACCAUGGUUCUUGUUUGCUCUUUAAUGUUGGGCUGGGCCCGAUGGAAGAGGUACAUAUGA